AGGAGUAUACGAUAGCAACAGAAAAUACAUGAAUGAAUUAGUUAAAUGAAAAACGUUUUUUAUCCCAUAAGGAGCCAAGGAAAGUUGGUGUGAGCCCGAACACCAACCACGAUUUCAGAAAAGAACAUUAAAGCUGUCCUUAACUGGCCUUAACGCACUCGAGAAUAUGCAUUACGAAAUUAUUACUUUAAAUGGAAAAUCAUCACAAAGGUUCACGUAAAGCAUUUUAAAAUUAACCAUCCAAUAAGACUGCGCAAAAGCCCCGUUAUUUACUUUAGUUUUACAAACAAUGUAAACGCCUGUGAAAUAAGUUACGAUUUUACCCGACGAAACUGCAUUGUAAUAUUUAAGUUAAAUCUAACGUUGACUUUUAUCUCUAUUUUUGUUUUGUUUUGGCUUUUGAUUGUUAGUUCAUGGAUCACAAACAAUCGAGGAGUUUCUUGGUUUGACAAAUUCAAAUGCAGCUAAUGAAAUCGAAGACGAACAUUUGGGAAGCAGUCGGCGGAGUUACUCCUGUACUCACGUGACUAGUCUAUUGAGAGAGCAGAAGGAGCCUGGGACACAACGUACGGCAUGUAUCACAAAAGAAGGAAGGAACUGGGUCCCAAACGCUGGAAUUCUAUUCAGCACUAACGUCGAAAAAAAUAUCUCACAGCUUGAAACUCUGGUUCAUAACAGUUCUUGUAAAGAACAGUCAAAUGAAAACAAAAGAAAAGGAAAUACAAGGAAACUCUUUGCUGGAAAUGAUUUAGAUUCCAGGGAUGAAGAAACUGUCUUGAUGCCUGAAACCACAGUAACGUCACAAUCAUCCCACAUCAUCUGUAGCGGGCAGAACUUGGGGGAAUCAGACAGCGCAAAGGAAAGUCAUAAAAUGGGCUCAGCAAAACAGGAGACAAAGCCCAGAAGACUUCAAAGAUUCUUUUCGGCUGCUAUGGCGUCAGUUCUCGCUGGUCGUGUUUCAACUGCUCAAAGAUAUGAUGUGCCUUUUAGUUUUGAAAAUCCAGUGCACGAAUCCAAGACAAUUGAAGGCCCUCUUAACUUAGCAGAUUGGACAACUCUGAUUGAUGACAAACGCGAACGAAAUGAGGUUCAUCACACCGAGUGUUACGUCGAGUUCAACAACGGCGAUUUAGACAACUAUAACGUGCUCUAUGGACAAUGAUAAACAGCCAAGAAAUCCU